AUGGCGGACGUGCGAUCACUACUCCGGAAUGAAUUAGCUUCCCGCAAGGGCGCGUCACAACCCAAUACGACCGGCAACCGUGUCAGCAAGAAGCGAAAGGUCGACCACAGCGAUGGCGUCAUGCACAAGAAGCUUCGAUCCACGGAUCUUGAGUCUGUACAAGCUGCGGUCAACGUACAGGCUCGUGCCUCUAAUCCGGAUGUUACUGUCGGCGAGGACAUCAUCGAACGUGUCGAUGAGGAUGAGCCCAUCGGCCCUGAGCCUCCUUCUCAGCCGGAAGAAGAUGUUUCUAUGACUAUGAGGACAGAAUUUCCGGCCGACUCUGCACGGGAGGUAUCGUCACAGGCCGUCGAUGAAGAUGAAUGGGCUGCAUUCGAGCGUGAGGUUGUUGCUCCUACAAAGACGAGCAAUGUUCCAGCUGUGGUCUCCGCACAAGCCACGAUCGUUGCCGCCCCCGUUACGACUGAAGAGCUAGCUAUGCAGCAACAGAGCGAGCGAAUCUCAAGCACAAGAUCUCGAGAGGCGGAGUUGGCAGGUGAACGCGAGGAUGCAGCUCGGUUUCUGGAGGAAGAGUUUGAUGAGAUGGACCAACUUGAAGAACGAGUUCGCAGAUUGAAACAACGAAGGGAAGAACUACGACAGAAGCGUAUCUCGGAGGAGACUACAGAUACUACUGUGGCCGAUGACCAGCGGGUAGAGGACAGUGGGAGUGAAGAGUAUGAGGAUGAAGACUGGGAUGAUUGGCGAUUCAAAUAA